CAUAAUUCUGCCAUGAGAAGCAUUCUAGAAGGCUUGGUUGAAAUAUUGCUGUCACCCCUAGAGCCAUUAAUUUCAGAAUAUUCUACAAAGAUCUAUUAAAUUCUUCUUGAAGACCAGCUUUGCGUCUCUUUCUCUUAAGUCGAAUCCCACAUCUCAGACCCAGGAUACACAGAAUCAUUUCUAGUCACUGUUGUAAGGCAAACUAAUCGUUUCCUCACCAAAAAGCCGAAUUAAAGAUUCCAAUCUCAGAUAUCAACUAUGUAUCUCAGGGCAGUCCACACGGAUCUCAAUCUUCCAACACUCUACCAAUUCAUCCGAAGCAAUCCCCUUGGAAUCUUCACCACCUCAAUCACCUCCCCUAACUUCCACACCAUCCAAAGCUCCCAUAUCCCUUGGGUUCUUGACAUUUCUCCAGAGGAUGAAUCUAUCUCACCCCCGAAAGCACGACUACGAGGUCACCUUGCAAGAGCAAACCCACAAACCAAAGCCCUAAUCGAGCACGCCACCCAGACAUCCUCCAACACCCUCCAGCAAGAAGUCAUGAUUCUGUUCAAUGGCCCAUCACACCACUACGUCACGCCCAAGUUCUACGUCGACACUAAACCUUCAACUGGCAAGGUCGUCCCUACGUGGAAUUACAGCGCCGUCCAAGUCUAUGGGAAAGCCACUAUCUAUUUCGAUACCCAAUCUCCCUCUACUGGCGAGUUUCUGACAAGUCAGAUUGAUGAACUGUCAAAGCAGAGCGAGGAGAAGAUCUUUGGCUAUACGGGCAAGAACGGUGCAGCUAAGGCUUGGAGUGUGAAUGAGUCGCCAGACAGCUACAUCGCUCUGCUGAAGAAAGCUAUCAUUGGGAUUGAGAUAGAAAUCGAGAGUAUUGCAGGGAAGUUCAAGAUGAGCCAGGAACUGGCAAAGGGAGAUCGAGAAGGCGUAAUUAAGGGAUUUGAGGCGUUGGGGACGGAAGAAGGUAACGAGAUUGCGAGGACAGUAAAAGAGAGGGGUGAGCUGAAGGAUAACGCGAAGGCAUAGGAAUGAUUUGUUGGGAAAUUUUGGCGUUGGGCGUUUCGAUCUUAGACGAUGAGUUGCUGUUCCAAAGAGACAUAGCUCCAGAUAGAGUGAAGCUGGUCCAUUCCAUCCUGAAAAUAGACUUCGUAUCUCAAAUACACUUUUGGUGUCUUCACGUCAUAGGAUCCAAGAGUUUACUACGGGUAAAAGUCCAAUCCAUAUGUCCAAAUUGC